AAGCUGUGAUAUAGUAGCCAUUGCAAUAAAGUCUCCAAAGAGGCUGUGCGAGUUUGUGAGUGAGUGUGCGUGUGGAAGUGAAAAAGAAAACGAAUUCCUUGUUGUAGUUCCAAUGAUUUUGGUUGUUAUCUCGUGUGAACCCGGCUAUUAAACCCUGUUAUACAUCCCUUUGGAACUGAUCAGUGAGAUUUCAUCUCAUUUGCAACAAUUUUAGAUAAUGGAUGAGGUGGGGGUGCUGGCUGGACAGUUGGCGGCUGCCGUGGAGCUAACAAUGGACCCGGCAGCGCCGCACAGCCAGCGCCACGAGGCCUACAGCGCGUGCGAGCAGUUCAAGGAGAAGAGUCCGCUGUGUGUGCAGUGCGGCCUCUACCUGGUGCAGCGCCAGGACUACUCACACUUUGUGCGCCACUUUGGCCUGCAGCUCAUGGAGCACUGCAUCAAGUAUCGCUGGUACAACUUGGUGCAGGCCGAGAAGCUCUUCAUCAAGGAGAAUGCGAUGAAACUGGUGGAAGCGGGAACCGUGGGAUCGCAUGUCAACGAUACUCACCUGAAGGAUGCCCUGUCCAGAGUCAUAGUUGAAAUGAUCAAACGAGAAUGGCCGCAGCAGUGGCCCACUCUGCUUGCCGAGUUGAACGAGGCUGCUAAAAAAGGCUGUGUACAAACAGAAUUAGUUCUUCUAGUAUUUUUAAGGCUGGUCGAGGAUGUCGCUGUGUUUCAGACUCUGGAGUCGAACACUCGUAGGAAGGAUUUAUAUCAAGCUUUAACUACAAAGAUGGGCGAAAUCUUUGGAUUUUUCCUGGAUUUGAUCGAGAAGCACUGUGAACAAUAUCGUAAAGCUAAUGAAAGUGGUUCCACUGUUGAUGCUUCAUCACAUGCUAGAGUUGUGCAGGUUGUGCUUCUAACGUUGAGUGGAUUCGUUGAAUGGGUUUCGAUGACGCAUAUAAUGGCCAACGAUGGUCGAUUACUGCAGGUGCUCUGUUUAUUGCUCAACAACGAACUAUUUCAAUCCUUAGCAGCAGAGUGUUUGUUACAGAUAGUUUCUAGAAAAGGAAAGGUUGACGAGCGAAAGCCGUUGCUGGUUCUGUUCAGCGCAGAUGCGAUGCAGUGCAUGUUUCAGAGUGCAGAUGGCGCGUCAGCCAAGCCGCUCGAAGAAGCUCACUACCAUUUCCUAAAAAAGCUCACACAGGUCCUGACCGGUCUAGGAAUGCAGCUGUGCACGCUGUGGGGCAAGGAAGGCACUCCGGGGUGUCCGCCGAAUUUCUCGAUCUACCUGGAGGCGAUUCUGACAUUUUCGCGACAUCCCUCAUUGUCCGUGGCGCACUUUGCCAACACGCUGUGGCUGGCCUUCUUCAAGCACGACCACAUCUCCAAGGACCCCAUUCUUGUCAGCUUCAUUCCAAAGUGGGUGCAAGCCAGUGGCCCUAAACUCAUGAAGGUUGUGUAUAAUAAAGCAGCUCGUGCCUCAGGUAGAAGUGAUGAUGUGGCUGCUUAUGUGGCGCUGGAUUGUGAUUCCGAAGAAGAAUUCAAUGUGUUCUUUCAUCGGGUCAGGGUCGAUCUGUUGGAUACCUUCAAACAGGCGACGUUAGUUGCACCGCUGGUAACAUACAGAUACGUGCAAGAUUGGUUGGUGAUGAUGCUGCAGAAAACAAUGAGCACACCGACAGAUGCCAGUCAAUUUGUCACUGUUCAGUCGCCUUCGUUCAUGGAGUGGGAUGCAUUGACGCUGGCUCUGGACAGUGUGCUGAGCAAGAUCCUGAUGUGCGUGGAGCGUCCGCCAGUAGGCAACGGCCUACAACUGCUCGACCUCUGCCUGGCCUUCGAACCGAUCGACCCCCUCAUUCUCUCCUCGCUACUCUCCUGCAUAUCGGCGCUCUUCGUCUUCCUUAGCAUGGCGCCGCCCGAAACAUCCAGUGGCUACCUGUUGCGUGUGCUAGACAAGAUCUUUGCGUCGCUGGUGUUCACACAGGGCGGCGACCAGGACAAGUGGACGCAGUCGCGCUCAGUCAAGAAUGUGCGUCGCCACGCCGCCUCGCUCAUGGUCAAGAUCGGCCACAAGUAUCCCCUCCUUCUCCUCCCCAUCUUCGACCGGGUCUGCACCAUUGUUUCCUCGCUCGAGCCCAAGCUGUCCAAAAUGGAGUACAUCUGCUUGCAGGAAGCGUUGUUGCUGAUCAGCAAUCACUUCUGUGAGUACGACAGAGAGAGCAACUUUGUGGGCGAGGUGCUGCGACCAGUGAGCGGUCAGUGGAUAUCGAUGGCCAAGGAGGCAUUUUGCAGUCCUCAGCAGUUCAUGUCGUUCGUCGGACUCGACAAGCCACCGGUCGAGCCGUCCGCCGAAGACAUCUACGGACAAAACCGGGCGCAGAUAAUCUGCUGCGUGAACGUGCUGCAAGCGGUGGUGAAGCGGUGCGUGUGGCCGGAUGACCCGGACCGAGCGCAGAGGGGGGGAUUCGUGGUGGCCCGCACCGAGGCCUGGAAUCCCAUCUACAGGAAUCCGGCAACACCACACUUCUUGCCCCUCUUUCCCGGACUGCUCACCCUAAUCCAAUGCUUCAACUCGUUGUGGACGCCUCCGGCUCUCGCACUAUUAUCCGAGGGCUACAAGAGCGCAUACGACAUGCUGGAAGUGGACCGCAACAACCUGCUUGGCAUAACGACGCAGUCGCAGUCGGCUGCGGACUGCCUGGACUGGACGCAGCCGCCAAAGACGCCCAUCCACCGCAUUCAGAACUUCAUGACAGCCGUUCAUGACACCUCCUAUCACGUGCUGGGAGCCGCCUUCCAGUCGAUCGGCCGCGACCUCUACCAGCUGCCCAAUCUGGCCACCACCCUACUCAACACUGUAUUCUCCAAUUUAGAUUUUAUAUCAGAUUUCCGUCUGCGACCAAUAAUCCGAGUGUUCCUUAAACCGUUUAUAAUGUUCUGUCCAGUCGACUUCUACGACUCUGUUCUGCUUCCCGUGCUUGCUCAAUUCACCCCCUUUAUUCUAAAUAGACUGAAUAGAAAAUGGCAGCACAUGACUGAUCUAUUGGAAGCAGGAGGAAUCGAUGAUGAAAACGCUGACGCACAGGAAUGCCUAGAGGACAUGCUGAACCGACAGAUCACGCGGGAGUUUCUGGACGUGAUGAAGGUGACGCUGGUGGGAGGAAGCGGAGCGGAGGGGGCAGGAGGGGCGACGACAAGUGGGGGCAGUCCGGCCAUGGACGACGAACUCAACACCCGGCUGCACGCGCACACGCAGGAAGUGAUCGGCGAACUGGGCAUGCGCGUGCUCACCUGUCCACACAUAUCCGAGCCUGUCGUGUCCUAUCUGCUCAGUUGCGUGGCGUGGAACGACAGCACAGCCAGCCUGAAGGCGGUGACACUGGUCGGUCCAGUGGUGCGCUUUCUGCUGCAGGAGCGCCAGACGAGCGCGCACUUCGCCCGGCAAGCGCUCACGCUCACGCUCUACGCGCUGCAGACGCACGGCCAGCAUGACGCCAACCUCGGCUCGCUCCUCAUGCUCGGCACACAGCUCUACGAAAUGCUCAGGCCCAAGUACAGCGACAUCAUCGAGGUUAUGAAGCAGAUUCCGGACAUUAAUCUUACAGAUCUGCAAAAAUUUGAUGAUAAAAUGCUGGAAGAAACACGAAAAGGAAAUAAAAUUGAUAAGGCGAAGAGGGAAAUGUUCAAGAAACUCACCAACCCGCUUAUUGGCUGCAACAUGGGUCAGCUAUUCAGACGGAAAGCGUUCAUCCGUGACUUGCCUAGGAUUGAAGCACAAUCGAAGAAAAUCAACCCAAAUCUUCUGGAUGAGGCGGACCCUGGCAUCAAGCUUUUCGAUCACAUGUAGCAGAAGGACGCUCCUUCUGAAAAAGAAGGAUCACCCUCACACUGAGAUACACAUCAAAAACAUUGAUAUUAAGGCGACUGAAUGAGAUAUUAUUAUUAGCUUCAUGUUGUUUAUAACAAUUAAUUGAACGAAUUGAAUACAAAUAUACUCUCUCUUGUUUAAGAGUAGGCACUGAUCUGGUAAUUUUAAAAAUAUUGUAAAUAACAAUUAAAUUAUCAUUGUAAUUUUGUGAAUUAACAAUUGUUGUCUAUCUCAAUGAAAAUCUAUAUUAUAACUUAUUUGAUGAAUCGAAAAUAAAAAGUAAUUGUUGGAAAGGUCUGACACAAUUUUAAAUAUCUAGCCCAAACGCCAGGUAUCCGCUUUCCAGGUCAUUCAUUAACAUGAGUGGAUAGCAAGGGCAGUUCAAUGAGUGCUGCUACACUAAAUCUAUUGAAUCGAAACGAGACUAUUAAAACAUCCCCCAAUUGUCAGCAACUAGACCAACAUUAUAUUAUAUCUCUGUAAAGUAGGGCCUUGUUGUUGAUGGAAAUUCCUUCAACCGUUUUCUCAAAUUUGCAGUGCAGGAUGAUUCUGGCUUUUUUUAUUUAAAUUCCGUUCAAUUUAUUGUUAUGAAUUGAAUAGCAAUUAGACAAUAUUGUAAUCAUGAUUCUCUCCACUAUUAUUGAUAUUGUGUAAUUGAAGAAUCAGUCGAAUUAUUGUAAACAUUUUUAAACUUUUGCUAUCAGAGUGUUUGUUAAUCAUGUUGUGAUAUUUUGUUAUAUUGAUGAACAAUUGCUACAUGUUUAUUUUAUUUGUAAAACAAAAAAAUAUGUGAAAAGGUUCUUGGUGGAAUUGAAUAAAUUUUUCACACAUUCCGAAAACUCUCAAAGAGUGAUAAUCCUUCCUAAGUUAUUUCAAUUUAUCUUGCAUGUAAUAUUUAUUUUGAUCGAUUGGUUUUAAUUUUUGUGCGUUUCUUAGCUGUUUCUGAAACAGUUUUCCUGUUUCUUGGCAUAGUAUUGAAUACAAUGUGUAUAAAUUAUGUAAGUUGUAAUUUGUAAAUGAAAAUUAUUACAGUUGUGACUAAAAUGUUA